UUAGAAUUAUAAGAAUAAGAAAAAAAAAAAAAAAAAGAAGAAAGACUAUAAUUGUAUAUACUUAAAUAUUCAGAAAGAAAAAAGAGAAAGGAAGAAAAAAGAAACAGGAAAAAACUAAUUCUCUUGAAAAGUAUUUUUCAAAUCACACGUUAGAAUCGAAUGAAUAUUUAAUCAAAUUAUUACUCUUCUUUCACAUUUAUAGUCUCAUAAUAGUGUCUAGUAUCUAAUGUCUAGUGUCUAGUGUCUAGUGUCUAGUAUCUAGAUCGAUAUUCUAAUAGUUUUUUUUUUAAUUGCAGAAAACAAUUCCCUAGAGCGAGAGAGAGAGAGAGAGAGAGAGAGAGAGAGAGUUGUGGAAAGUGCAUACUAUGUCAUUUAAAAGCUUAUUUUAUCAUAAAUCACCUCUUUAGACAGGAAGUAGAUCACAUCAUGUACUUUUUAUCGACCUGACGCUCUUCAUCCUUACAUUUUAAUUUUCCCAUCCCUUAAUAUCAUUACCAUCAACAACACCACCACCACCAUACUACCAUAUAAAAAUUGCGAAGGGAAAAAUUAUUAUUAGAAAUAGAUGAAAAAAUAUUUGCUCAAGAGAAAAGUCGUUUGGCGAAUUUUAACGCUUCAACACAAACAAACUUCUGACAGUUUCGACGGUCGUCCCAAGCGAUGAAUUUUUUAAAUGACACCAAUUAAGUUCGAAAGAUAGGAUAUCGUGAAGAGUAAUUACACGCCAUUGUAUAUGUAUAUACACGACUAAUAGUACAUGUAUUAAAGGAUAUUCAGAUGGUUUACUUCUAUUCGUGUUUAUUUCGUGGUUUUUUUUUGUGUUAAAAUUGUUAUUUAUCUAUUGUAAAAAAAGAAAAAAAAACAAAAGAUUCAAAAUAUUAUAUCAUGCGUAUAAUAAAUGGAAACAAUCUACCAAUAAAUACUUUCCGUAUACGAACACAUUGCAAUGCCCUAAUUAUGAUCUCUCUCUCUCUCUCUCUUUUUAUUUGUGUCUUUUUCCCUUCCUUUCUGUUUUUCCUUCUUCCUUUUUCUUUACACUCAUCUACGUAUAUAAACAUAUAUGUAGGUAUAUACAUUUGUAUAUCGAGUAUAUAAGAACAGUCGAUGGUCGAUUCUCAUCGAGUACACUCGUGUGCUGAUGGUGAUGGUGGUGGUGGUGAUGAUAAUAGAUCUAUCUAUGGCGGUUUGUGGAUCUAUCACCCAAUUUUAAAAAAGCAUUUUCAUUAAAGUUCUUCAAUGACAAAACGUUCUUAAUCUUUAACCAAUCGUUCCUUCAAAUUAUGUACAAUCAUGAGAAUAUAUUUGUUUCUUUAUAUUAUAUUGAAGGAUCUUCGAGUGUCAAGAACCAGUGACAUUAUAUAUAAAUUCAUUGAAACGUCAUGGAUAACGAAGAUGGAUUUUAAUUUGGCAUUAAAUGCCACUUUCAAGAAUUCCUUAUGUUGUAAUAUUUAUUUACAUGAUACCACUCUGGAGAUAUCGCACCUGUUUAAAAAAUUCAUUGAUAAUUAUCCUUACGAGUAUUCAUUGAACUCAAAUAUUUAUGAUUGUAAAGGAUAUUUUUUGUUGGGCUCGACGGAGGAAGAAAUUUUGAAUGAUUUGAAGAAAGUUCCAACUUAUAUAUCCAGCAUAGAAAUUCUCAUCAUUGUGAACGAUUAUUUGAAAAUUAAUUCGAGUAUUUUUAACGUGAAGAUUUAUGGAAAUGCCAACGCUAACGUAAUAAGCAAAUCAGGAAUAUGGAGUUUGUCGGAAAAUUAUUUAUUGCCAAGAAUUUUUCAUAGGAUCGACAACUACGAAAAAAUGAAACGCGAUGAUGUAAAGGUGAACUUUUAUGGGAGACAAUUAAGAGCGUCAACAUUUUAUCGGCCACCCGUGUCUUAUUUAAAUCGUACAACCGUAAAAAUUAUUGAUGACGUUGAAGAAGAAAUAUUUGACGCUGACAACGAACUCGAGAGGGAUGGUAUCGAGGUGAAGCUAUUCUUACUGAUGGCAGAAAAAUUGAAUUUCACUUGGAUCAUUAAAAAAUCGAAAGAUGGAUACGGAAAGAGAUACAACGAGACUGUAUGGAAAGGUGGAUUCAUAAAACUCUUGUAUGACAAUAAGAUCGAUAUUGCGUUUGCCGGUAUAUGGUUAAACAGGAAUCAUUAUGAUUUCGUCAAUUUAACGGAUCCUUGGUAUCAAGUACAUAUACAUUUUUUAGUACCACGUCCAAAACCGAUAACCAGUUUCUGGGCUUUAACUAGACCUUUCUCGGUAACUACAUGGAUCCUUCUUGUCCUAGCAAUAUUCUUACAAAGCAUUUGCAUAUUUACUCACGCUCAAUUCAAUCCACGGUAUCCGAAACGCUUUCGAAAUUUUUUAAUAACUUUCAUUGAAUUGACCGGUCGUUUAUUGGGUUCUUGGGCACCAAAAAAUAUGAUUAGCGUCAAACUACAAUUAUAUCUUUGGCAAACAAUGGGAUUGAUACUCGUCACUGCUUAUAGCAGUAGUCUCGCAGCUAAAUUAACUAACUCCGAGUAUGAAAAUAGGAUCGACACGAUAAAACAAUUUCUCGAAGCUAAAUUAAUCUGGGGAAGAAAAAUUAUUCCAAGUUUCACAGAUUUCAUCGACUACGAAGAUCCUUAUUCAUCUCAGUUGCCGAAUACAUAUAAACUCAUUAAAACUGAGGAAAUCCAUGAAAAUAUUGUUAAAGGCAAUAUCGCUAUAAUUGGAAAUUUCGUUGGGUCUGUUUUCUUCCCCGAUGAUGAAAUUUAUAAUAUGGAUCUUAAAAAUUAUCGGAUGAUGAAAGAAAUGAUUGGAAAAUUUUAUGCAUCUUUUGUUGCUCAACCUUGGCUCGUCUCACCAAUAAACGGGAUGAUGUUACGAUUAAGGGAAUCCGGGAUCAUUACUUUUCAUUUGCAGGAUGUUUUACGACGACGUGCUGGUUUUAAUCUUCGGGAAGUUCUCGUAGAAUACGAUGGAAAGGAUGGAAGAUUGAGAGUACUCACUUUAAUACCUUUAGGAGCUGCUUUUUUUUUGCUUUUACUUGGAUUAUCGAUAUCUACUCUCGUAUUUUAUUUAGAACUUAAGUAUAAGAAUGAUUCCAAAUCGAUUCGCGAGAUUUUACGUGACAUCGAUCAAAAACGGAGAUCUUACUCGACAACGACUAGCAAAAAAUAAUUAUAGUCUGAUGGUAUCUGAUGUAUUAAAUAUAAAACAAUUACUAUUACAUUAUCUUUAAUAAUAAUUGAGCCGAUAAGUGUGAAUUAAUUCAUCAAAUAUAUCAAAAUAAUAUAUUUUUCAUUUUGAGAUAUUUUGACAUUUGGAUUUGAAUUAUUUAAAAAUUAUUUAUUUAUCUAUACCGACAAAUAAAGAAAGUAAGUAUAAUUAUUCUUAAGAAACAUAAUUCUUUUAUAUAAUUUUAAAAUAUUAAAAAUAACGCGCGCGCGCGCGUGUGUAUGUUUGUGUGUGACAAAAUAUGUUAUUUAAUAUCUCAAACUUGAACCAUUUUCAUAAACAUCGGCUCAAUGGAUGUAACUUUAUGUAACUAUAUUACAAAUAUAGUUUCACAGAACGAA